CCACGGGCGCCUCUCACCAUCACGCCAAAACUUUGUUCACGGCUACAAAUCCAUCACCACGCGCGUCGGCCAUCAAGCGCGACGUCCGCAAGCACGAAUUCGAAGACUCCGCGACUCGGUCGUCUCGCGAUCCACGCCUCCUUGCGACUUUCCAGGUGGUGGCGACGGGGGUGAUAAGCCUGAGGUUCUCCUGGGCCGUUGGCCAGGACAGGCGUGCCUUUUCAGGGCCAUCAUUUAUUCAUCGAUAAAGGCGUUUGCUAUCGGAUUCACCGGUCAUCGCUAUCGAUUUUCGUUCGUUCUUUAAUACCUGUACCUUUUUUUUUUUCGCGACUCGACGCGGUGCAAUCACGUUUUUAGAGCGUGUUCCUCAUUGACGCCUUUGCUGGCUUUUCACAAACUUUGCAGCGCAAUCGCAUUCUCCCGAAUUUACCGCAAUCAUGGCGAACCUUAGCCACUUCGCGUUCUCGAGCGCGCCGCUCAAAAUUGUCGAAGAAAUUCAGUUCGGUAUGCUCUCUCCCGAGGAGAUCAAGAGUAUGAGUGUCGCGCACAUCCUGUACCCCGAAACCAUGGAAGAGAACAAGACAAAGCCUCGCGACGGUGGCCUCAACGACCCUCUUCUCGGAUCCAUCGACCGACAGUUCAAGUGCAAGACUUGCACGGAGCCUAUGCACGAAUGUCCCGGCCAUUUUGGUCACAUUGAGCUUGCAAAACCAGUCUAUCACCCGGGCUUUAUCAAGAAAGUAAAGAAGGUCUUGGAGAUUGUCUGUCAUAACUGUAGUAAAGUUUUGGCUGAUGAAAGCGAUCCUGAAUUCGUCACAGCUAUCAACACCCGUGACCCGAAGCUGCGCUUCAAGCGUGUUUGGGCUGUAUGCAAGAAGAAGCGCAGAUGUGAGAAUGAGGAUCGUCAAGAUAAGAACAAGGACGAAGAAUUCCAACCUGGCAUGAAGCCCGCCGCUGUUGAAGGACACGGCGGUUGCGGAAACGUUCAACCACAAGUCCGACAGGCAGCCCUCCAGCUCAAGGCUGCCUAUGAGGUCGCGCAAGAAGACGGACCCAAGCGCAAGGAGACGGUCCCAAUCACACCUGAAAUGGCUCACGGCAUCAUGCGCCGCAUCUCAGAGCGUGAUUUGAAGAACAUCGGUCUGAACGGUGACUAUGCUCGUCCUGAGUGGAUGGUGAUCACCGUCUUGCCUGUGCCUCCCCCUCCUGUUCGUCCCAGUAUUUCCAUGGAUGGUACUGGUACUGGCAUGAGAAACGAAGAUGAUUUGACAUACAAGUUGGGUGAUAUUAUUCGCGCCAAUGGUAACGUAAAGCAAGCGAUUCGCGAAGGCUCGCCGCAGCACAUUGCGCGUGACUUUGAGGACCUGCUACAAUACCAUGUGGCUACUUAUAUGGAUAACGAUAUUGCUGGACAGCCUCGUGCUCUGCAAAAGAGUGGUCGUCCUGUCAAGUCUAUCCGAGCCCGUCUCAAGGGCAAGGAAGGUCGUCUUCGAGGCAACCUGAUGGGUAAGCGUGUGGAUUUCUCCGCUCGUACCGUCAUUACUGGUGACGCCAACUUGUCUUUGCACGAAGUUGGUGUUCCUCGCAGUAUUGCACGAACCCUUACAUAUCCUGAAACCGUCACCCCAUACAACAUUGGUAGACUGCACCAGCUUGUCGAGAACGGACCCAAUGAGCACCCUGGUGCCAAGUACGUUAUUCGAUCUGAUGGUACGCGUAUUGAUUUGCGCCACCACCGUCGCGCUGCCCAGAUCUCUCUUGAGUAUGGCUGGAAGGUUGAGCGUCAUUUGAUUGACGGUGACUACAUCAUUUUCAACCGUCAGCCUUCGCUUCACAAGGAAUCUAUGAUGGGUCAUCGUGUCCGCGUUAUGCCCUACUCUACCUUCCGUCUGAACUUGUCGGUCACUUCUCCUUACAACGCCGAUUUCGACGGUGACGAAAUGAACUUGCACGUUCCUCAGAGUGAAGAAACUCGCGCUGAAAUUAAGGAGCUCUGCUUGGUCCCCAACAACAUUGUCUCUCCUCAAAAAAACGGUCCUCUCAUGGGUAUCGUUCAGGACUCCCUCGCCGGCGUUUACAAGUUGUGCCGUCGUGACACGUUCCUUGACAAAGAGCUUGUGAUGAACCUCAUGCUCUGGGUUCCCAACUGGGACGGUGUCAUCCCACAACCUGCGAUCCUUAAGCCCCGCCCUCGCUGGACGGGUAAGCAGAUCAUUAGCAUGGUUAUCCCCAAGGAAAUCAGUCUUUUUGCACCAGAAGACAAGUCUGAUAUCCCUCUGAAGGAUACUGGUCUGUUGAUCCAGAGUGGUGACCUCAUGUACGGCUUGAUGAAGAAGAAGAGUGUCGGUGCUGCCGCUGGCGGUAUCAUCCAUCUUUGCUACAAUGAGCUCGGCCCUGAUGGCGCCAUGGCUUUCCUCAACGGUGUCCAGCAGGUUGUCACUUACUGGUUGCUUCAGAACGGCCACAGUAUCGGUAUCGGUGACACUGUUCCCGAUAAACAAACUAUUGAGAAGGUCCAAGUCCACAUUGACACGAAGAAGGCAGAGGUCGCCAAGUUGACUGCACAGGCGACUGCCAACGAGCUCGAAGCUCUUCCUGGUAUGAACGUCCGUGCCACAUUCGAGAACAAGGUCUCUAUGGCCCUGAACCAGGCUCGUGAUCUUGCUGGUACAACUACACAGAAGAGUUUGAAGGAUUCCAACAACGCCGUCACCAUGGCUGAAUCUGGUUCAAAGGGUUCCUCAAUCAACAUUUCACAGAUGAGUGCUCUCGUCGGUCAGCAAAUUGUCGAAGGAAAGCGUAUUCCCUUUGGUUUCAAGUACAGAACUCUUCCCCAUUUCACAAAGGAUGAUUACUCUCCCGAAGCUCGUGGUUUCGUUGAGAACUCGUACCUCCGUGGUCUCACUCCAUCCGAGUUCUUCUUCCACGCCAUGGCCGGUAGAGAAGGUCUCAUUGAUACUGCAGUUAAAACUGCAGAAACUGGUUACAUCCAGCGUCGACUGGUGAAGGCUCUGGAAGACUUGAGCGCUCGCUACGAUGGAACUGUGCGUAACUCUUUGGGAGAUAUCAUUCAGUUCCUUUAUGGUGAAGAUGGUCUUGAUGCUAUGUGCAUUGAGAAGCAAAAGCUCGGUAUUCUCAAGAUGUCUGACGCAGCUUUCGAGAAGCAAUACCGCCUGGACCUGGCCAACCCUCCUAGUUGGUUUAAGAAGGAUUAUGAGUAUGGCAACGAGCUUACUGGCGACAAGGCAUCAAUGGAUUUGUUGGAUAGUGAAUGGGAUGCACUUGUUACUUGCCGACAAGAAGUGCGGGUUAUCAACCGCCCCAAACAGGGCGAUGAAAUGAUGCAACUGCCCCUGAACAUUGGCCGCAUCAUCCAGACAGCAAAGAGGGUCUUCAAUAUUAAGGAGACAGAUCGCAGUAACCUGCGACCUGCUGACGUUAUUCCCGUUGUUCAAGGACUUUUGGACAACAUGAAGAUGGUCCGCGGUGCUGAUGACAUCUCUUUGGAAGCCGACUUCAACUCUACUAUCCUUUUCAAGGCACUUCUUCGCUCUCGUUUGGCCUUUAAAGAGAUUGUGAAAGAGCACCGCCUCAACAAGCUUGCUUUUGACUACGUUAUUGGCGAGCUCGGAAGCAGAUGGGAGCGCUCCUUUGUCAACCCUGGUGAAAUGGUUGGUGUCUUGGCUGCCCAGUCUAUUGGUGAGCCCGCUACUCAGAUGACACUGAACACUUUCCAUUUUGCUGGUGUGUCGUCCAAGAACGUUACCCUCGGUGUUCCCCGUCUUAAGGAAAUUCUUAACCUAGCCAAGAACAUUAAGACUCCUGGUAUGGCUGUCUACUUGCAAACACCUCUUGCCAAGCAGGAGCAAGCAAAGAAGCUCAGAAGUAUGGUUGAAUAUACCAACCUGCGUUCCAUCACUGCUGUCACUGAGAUUUACUACGACCCUGACGUCGAGUCGACCAACAUUCAGGACGAUCUCGACAUGGUGGAGUCAUACUUUAUGAUUCCUGAUGACACGCAUGAUACUCUUAGCCAACAGUCCCGAUGGCUCUUGCGUAUCACUCUUGAUCGCCAAAAGCUUCUCGAUAAAGAGAUCAAGAUUGAAGACGUCGCUCAGCGUAUCAAGGAGGAAUACCCCACCGACCUGGCUGUCAUUUUCAGUGACAACAACGCCGAUGAACAGGUUAUCCGUAUUCGAACCAUUCGCCAGGAUGAUGAGAAGGAUGACGAUGGCGAGAAGCGCAUUGAAGACGAUGUUAUGCUUAAGCGUCUGGAGGCCCAUCUUUUGGACACCCUGACCCUUCGUGGUGUCCCUGGCGUUGAACGAGCUUUCUUGACCAAGGGUACACGCCUUGUCGAGCUCGAAGACGGCUCUGAGCUUGCUCUCAAGGACGAUGCCCGCUGCACGGAAUGGUACCUGGAUACCAGUGGUUCAGCGCUCCGUGAUGUGCUGGCUGUCGACGGUGUGGAUGCUAGCCGCACCUACACUAACGACCUCUGGCAGAUUACUGAAGUCUUUGGUGUUGAAGCAGCUCGAUCUGCUCUAGUCAAGGAAUUGACCAACGUGUUGGCCUUUGACGGUUCGUACGUCAACCAUCGACAUAUCGCGUUGUUGGUAGAUGUUAUGACCUACAGAGGCAGCAUUUCGGCCGUUACUCGUCACGGUAUCAACCGUGCGGAUACCGGUGCUCUCAUGCGUUGUUCGUUUGAAGAGACUGUGGAAAUUCUUCUGGAGGCUGCCGCCACUGGUGAAUUGGAUGAUUGCCGUGGUAUCUCUGAAAACGUUAUGCUUGGCCAGCUUGCUCCCAUGGGUACUGGUAACUUUGACGUCUUCUUGGAUCCCAAGAUGCUUGAGACUGUUAUUUCUGACAACUCACGCAUGGGUCUCAUGCCUGGUAUGCCUGUCAAGGAGGGCGAAGGCGAGGGUGCCAUGACACCUUAUGACAGCGGCUCCCCUAUGGCCGACUCGGGAUACCUCAGCCUCAGCUCGCCUACCGCUGGUAACUUCUCUCCUAUCCAGGGAGCUGGUUCUGAGACGCCUGCAGGCUUUGGUACAGAGUAUGGCGGCGGCGGUUUCGGUGGUAUGGGUUCUAUGAGCCCUUACUCUCGCGGAGCAGCCAGCCCCUUCAGCACUUCGCCCACGUCGCCAUUCAGCUCUGGCAUGGGCGGCUACUCUCCCACGUCUCCCAAUGCUGGCUACUCGCCAACCUCACCCAUGCUGGACGGCGGUGCCCGCUACGCAACAUCGCCAUCCUUUAGCCCGUCGUCGCCGUCGUUCUCGCCUACUUCGCCCAUGCUCCGUCCCACGAGCCCGGCCAGUCCCAGCUACAGCCCGACGUCGCCGAGCUAUUCUCCUACGUCUCCCACCUCGCCGAGACACUACAGCCCGACUUCGCCGGCGCAGUUCAACUCCCCCACUUCGCCGAGCUACUCGCCUGCCAGUCCCAACUACAGCCCGGCGUCUCCCAACCUGCACGGCGCUGGAGCGACAUCACCCUCGUACUCACCUGCGUCUCCCUCAUGGUCGCCAACCUCUCCCGAGGCCUACUCGCCCACGAGCCCAAGCUUCCACCGCAGCCCGAACCAGCAGUCGCCCACAAGCCCCAGCUACUCGCCUACGUCUCCUUCUUUCUCGCCUCAGACGCCUGGCCCCAGCGGUUCUGGUAACCAGUACUCGCCAAGCUCUCCAAAGAAUGAUUAAUACGACUAGGCGGUUUGGGGUGUAUCUACCACAAUAUAUCCCGCCCCCUUCUUUCCCCCUCUCGAAUGUUUCUAUUCCUCCCCAAUUCAGUUAUAAAAAGAAGAGCCAUCAGCCCAUGCGGCGCAACGGCAUAGUUUUUGAUUUUGAUUUUUGAUAUUUGAUCUCGUUGGUAACAAAACGGAAGUAGACGUGCUGCCAAUUUGCAGAGUCCCCUAGAUUAUUAUUUUUGUUUGGCUGGGUGCAAAGAGAGAACGAGACAAAAAAAGACCCCCCAUUUUCUAUUAUUUUCUUUUCAAGAGAAACAAAGCAAGAAACGAAAACACAAAACAAAACAAAAAACAAAAAAGAGCAUUACAAAAAGCAUCAGCAGCAGCAGACGGGAGGGGUUUGGACAGGCGUUGUUUAAUGACGCUGUCAGCGGAGGCGGAACCAUAAUUUUGCCUGGUUUUUCUUUUUACUUCUUUGUUUUUUCACUUCUCGAUUUUCUUGUUCUUCUUUCUCUUUUAAAGUAUGUACAAUACAAAUACACUAAAAAACAAAGAUGACGUCCUAGUUUUGC